ACCUUGAAUUAGGCGUUUGGCGUUCCAGCUAGAGGGAAGAAAAUUAAAGAUGGCCAGAAUUUUCUUCUAUUUUGUUCUCAGUGGAAUUACUGGACUAAAGUUGGUGUCUGGAGAUUGCGAUCGGAACUACGGACCAGUUGGUACUCCUGAAUGUGUGCUUUUAACUCCAUAUUACUUCAAGUACCAAUGGGCGACGUGCUUAACUAAUAAAUACAUACAGACAGUGUCAAAAGGAAACGCCAUCUGUAGGGACAUCACCGCAACCUACUGCUACUACCAAUGCAUGAUGGAAUUAUAUGAAAUUGCUCAAGGACAAGUUAGUAACGAUUGUGCGUGUGGCGUUGAUGCACCAAAACAAACACAAACUCCACCAACGAAUCAAACUCAGCUUCCGAGUCAUUGCUACAGUCCAUCCGGUAAAGACUGCAAUUGGUACAGCGACUGCUUGGAGAGAAGAUUCCCAUGUCAAGAAAUGCAACAAACAUCAUACGCAAUAAACUAUGGUCUUAAAUUUUGCUCCUUGUACGAAAACCAUUACCAGCGCUUCUCUUCUGAAGGUCAGCAGUGGAUUGAUGCCGUUAGAGGGUGUUUACAGGUGGCGUUAGUGCCACUUCUUCGUCCCUUUUUAACAAUCACUUGCGGUGAAAUAAAAGAGAAAGCAUUCAAUUCUCAUUUGGGUUGUUAUACAAGCCCACUUAAAAAUGCACCAUCGUUUUGCGAUUUAUCCUUCAUGGAUAAAUGGAGAAUCUUUUAUACUGUUAUACCGGGACUGAUGUCAAAUUGUUAUCGAACAAGACAUCUCUGUAAAGAUAUAUUUCUAUCAGCUAAGCAGUUAUUGAAUGUACGCAUCGCAUGCAAAAACCGCGAAAAUUUGUCUGAAGAGGGAAAAAUUCAACAAAUCCAAAUCAGGUAUAUUGGUCUUAACAGGCAAACAAGGUCGCGGCGUUCUUUGGAAUCAACAGAUGAUUAUUCAGCUGGGGCUGACCUUGUUAAAGCGAUUGCAAAUGAAAUGAAAUGGGAUUUAAAAGGAGUGACAUGGGUGGCAUACUUUCAAAACAACAUAACGGCAGACGAAUCCUUGCAGUAUUCGAGAAGGCACUUUUUAAACAUUUUACUUGCACCCAGCAAAUUAUAUAAUUUAAAUGACAGAAGGAACGCUUCCUCAGAUGUAAAUAUCACCACAGUUGUUGAAGAAAUAACUCAAGCAUUCCGUGAUGGCAGUCUAAGUUCAGAUAUGAUCACUGAAAUUUCCCUCGUAAACUUUGCGGUGUGCGCUGACUACAACUGCUCUAACAAAACUAUCGAAAUCGAACCGUCUGCCAGUAAAAGAGAUACAGAAGAAGGGUUCUGGUCGUUAACAAACAGAAUUUUUAUUGCAAUCGGGGCUUUUCUGCUUUUGAUAAUAUUUAUUUCUGUAAUUAUAUGCCUGAACAGGCGCAAUGCCAGCAAAAUUAUUUAAAAGCUAAGUUUUUGAAACAAAGACAUAUUUAAACUGUAGUUAAUAACUGUAAAUGAACAAAAAUAUACAUAAGAUAAUGCUAGUGGUUAUAUACAUACGGAUAUUUUGUACAUUUCUAAAGCGUAAAUGUUUGAUUAUGAUUCAUGUCAAAAUAAAAUGUUACAUUGUAAACAUAUUGAACAACUCCUAGGCAGGGAGAAUAAUUUGUUAAAACAUUUUACUAUACAUAAUCAGUGCUUCGAUUUUACAAAUCAUAAUUAAGGUCUUCCGUUUCCAACGGAAGACCUUCUACUGAUUCUGUUGGUAAAGAUUUUUAUUCUUUUUUGUUUUUCUUCUACUUCCUAGACGCCAACUUUGAGGCCUCAUAUCUCACUCAUUUCUCAACGGAUUUCGCUCAAUUUUUCAGAGGUUAUAGACGUUUAUAAACUCUAUCAGAAUAAUGACUAAAAUAUCAAAAAGUCACUUCCAGUUUUGAGUUAUUCCCCUUUAAACGAAAAAUCAUAGGCUUUCGUUUCCGGAUAAAGGCUCAGAGACCACAAAAGGUGGAGCAAAAAUUUUACUUGUUUUAGAUAACAGAAGGAUUGAAGUUGUGCACAUCGGUUUUUGUUUUUCGAUUUCUGCAUUCAAAAUGGCGUUAUAUAGGGGUCAAAAAUUAGAACGUCUAAAAGAACGAAAAAUUACAGAUAUUUUCCUUUUUAUCUUGAAAACUAAAAAUAUUUUGUUAAGACAUGUUGAAUAAAAGUUGUGCAUAAUUACAAGCGCUUUCAUUUGAUAUCAUUAAAAAGGGGCUGGCCCCUAAAAUUAGGGAUCUAGGGUCCUUGAAAGUUUUUGUUUAAUAUCUCAAAAAGUAUUGAAAAUUUAUGAUACGUCAAAUAAGCAAAGUUAUUCAAAAUGUCAAGCUUUAUCAAUUGAAGUUGUCAAAAUACGUCCGGUGACGUCACUUCCGGUCAAACCGGAAGUAGUCAAAAAUUGCAUAUUUUUGUUGUUCUUGACAGGUUUUUGGAUAUCAUAUGUCACUGGAAGCUUAAAUUUUAAUUUUCCGUCCGUUGACAGUACUUCCGGUCAAACCGGAAGUUGCCAAAAAUGGCUUGAUUUUGCAAAAAUAAACAUAGAUUUGGAGGAUUAAACCAUUUUUCGAUUUCAUCACUCUUUUUUUUUUUCAAAUGAAAGUUACUUCCGGUCAAACAGGACGGAAGACCUACUUGUUGCUUUGCAACGAGCUCGGCUCUAGUUCGAAAUACUUAUUCGUAUAUUCUUACUGAAAUUUUUAGUAAUAUAUACAUUUGUAGAAUAAUUGUAGAAUUCUCAAAUUUACAUGUAAAUAUUUUUUUGAAAUUAAAAUUGUACGCCCAA